AUGGAUUUAACCGACUCAACCAUUAGAAAACUUCCAGCUAUUGUGAUAGAUAACGAUGGAGUUAUAGUCAAGGGCAGAACUAUCAUAGGUAGAGCCUCUCAUGUUGUGAGGACUCUGCUUGAGCCUUACUCACCCUAGAAUCUUCAUAUCCCAAUGAUGAUUCUGACUAAUGGAGGAGGGAUCCCUGAGCAGGAGAAGGCAGAAGAUUUGAACAGAAGACUUGACUUCUAAUAGAAUCCUGAGAAUCAACCCAAACUCACAGGAGAGCACAUGUUCCUUUGCCAUACUCCACUCUCAGACCCGGCAAUAAUUGAAGAAUACAAGGAUAAAUAUGUGCUAGUAUCAGGCUUUUUUGACGAACUUAGAGUAGCACAGCUCUACGGGUAUAAAUACGCAGUUCACGUUGAGGAACUUGCUUCAAUCUUCCCUGACCAAGCUCCUAAUGAUCUCUUAUUAGUUUCAUAGGAAAAAUAAGAAAAGCAUAAGGAGAAUGUUGAAAAGAGGUUUUAGAAGCCAAUCGAGGAUAUAAUGGAGGAACUAAACUUUGCAGCCAUAUUUAUUGUGUUUGGAAAUGUCUUCUCAUCAAUGACUCUCUAAGUAUUUAGCGACAUUAUUGGAAGUUAGAAUGGUCAUCCUAAAGGUAAAAGAAUAACAAGCAAAGAUGAGUAGCAUGUGAAGGUAUAUUCCUGUAAUAGAGAUUUUAUUUGGCCUAACACUUGGCCUACACCACGUUACGGACCAAAAAUAUUCUUACUCGCUUUGAGGAGUAUCUACUAAGAGUAUUAUGGAUUUGAUUUCAAAGUUAUUUAAUAUGGAAAGCCUGAGAAACUUACUUUUGAAUUCACAGAGACUUUAUUGAAGCAUAAAGCAGCUAGACAAGGAAUAGAUAUCAGCAAUUACUACAUGAUAGGAGAUACUCCAGAGUCUGAUAUAUAGGGGGCAAACAAUCAAGGCUGGGUCUCAAUUUUAGUGAGGACUGGAAUACACUAAGGCCCCGGAAAUUCGAAAGAACAUCCAGCUACUCAUGUUGUUGAGGAUCUUGAAGAGGCAAUAAAUUUGAUCUUUAAAUUGGAAAAUAUCAGCAAGCAAAUUUGA